AUGGACACUACAGAAAAUAACAUAUUAUUAUCGAAUAACGAUGAUGAAUUAGAACAGGAAGAAAGUUGUUCUGCGAUUGACGAAUUUGAACCUAUGGACAACAAAAUCAAUGAAAAGGAUUGGUCUUCGUCUGAUGAUGAUAAUGAUAAUGAUGGUGACGAUGAUGAUGAUGAUAAGGAAAUAACUUAUCAUCAUAAAGAAUCAUCAAAUUUCAAGAAUCUUGAUUGGCAUCAAGUUCCUUUUUCCACUUCGGAUAUAACAUGGUACUCUAUGAAUCGACAUGCACGUCGAGAAUUUAGUGAUUAUAGAGAAAAAAUUCGUUCAAUUCGACGUCAAUUGGCUAUUCAUAAUCUUAUCUUACGACCUAUCUAUAAAGGUAUUGGAUAUCAUUUGGAUUCAAUAAAUAUUUUUCAAAAGAAAACGUUUAAAUUCAUGACACAAACAAAUUGCUAUUCAUUCCUUUUUAAACUCAGUCGUUCAUAUCCACAUGCAAGUCAAAAUCGUUUAGCUAAUAUUGUUGACCGAGUCGAAACAACAUUGAAUAAUUUAUUUCAUUCUAAAUCUAUUACUGAAACACAAUAUAACCUGAUGAAAAUCAAUCGAACAUCAGUACGAAUGAAUUAUUUAUAUUUCGUAUCACAAACACAUAAAGAAGGAAUACCUGUUCAACCCAUCAUGAUAUGUAAUGAUGGUCCAACAGAGGGCAUCUGUCGUUUUCUUGGUCGUCUUCUUGGAUUACUUUUUAAUGAUUCAACUCAAUGUAAAAAAUUUCACAAAACUGUUAAUGUUAUACAUGAAAUGGAAUUUUAUCAGAAAAAUGGUCAACUUCAACCAACUACAUUGUUUGCUACAUUUAAUAUAGAUAAUUUGUGUCUCAUGUUUUCACAUGAACAAGUUAUUAUUGCUUUAGAACGUUUUCUUAAUCAUUGUCUAUUAUCAGAUUAUCAUAUUCAAGAUAUGACCACUGAUACUAUUCUUCAACUUGUUCGUCUUGUACUUGAUAAUCAAUAUUUUGUCUAUAAUUACAAAUUCUAUAAACAAACUCAAGGUGGUGCAUCUGGCUCAUUAUUAACUAUUCCAUUAGUUUAUAUCUAUUUAUUCUAUUGGCAACACGAUUUAUUAAGUAAUUUAAUUAAUAACAAUGAACUAUUUCUUAGAUAUCGAGAUGAAGCAUUCAUUACAUGGAAUCGAUCUGAAGAUGAACUUCGUUCAAUUCUUACUAUGGCUAAUACACAAUUUUCUCAACCAACAUGGAAUAUAACUGAAAUUGGAUCAACUAUACAUUUUCGUGACAUCAAAAUAUCUAAUGAUAAUGGUGUUCUCCAAACAAGUGUUUAUCAUGAAUGUAUGUAUCAUGAACCUGUACUACCACCAUCUCUUGAUUUACUUCAACUUCCAAUACAACGAAAUGUAUGGAGUUGGCUACGAAAAUCUAUAUUAAAAGCAAUUCGAUAUUCUUCUACUGAGUAUUCUUUCAAAAAUGAGCUUAUUCACAUCAGCAUCAUACUUAGAAUUCAUGGCUUUUCCGAUGAAACGUUCACUCAAGGUCACGAAGAGGUUAUCGAAGAUUUUGGCGUAACAAUACGAAAUGAAAUAGCAUGUGUACCUACUUAUGAUACUAUGCGUAGACAUCUUUUCGCUUAUGAUAAAUACCGUCAAAUAAAAGCAACACAACCACCAGGACCGCAACAAGAAAUAAUAUUACAACUUCCUUAUCCGUCUAAUUGGGACAAAACUUUUCGUAGUAACUGUACACACCCACCCACACCCACACCCCUUCCAAGUCAAAGACCAAUAAUUACAAAUACAUCUGAACAUAACAAUCGAUCUUCUCGACGCGAAGCUCAACGAAGACGACGUCAACGACAACGUCACCGAAGGCGAGAAGAACGCGAAGCACUACAACAACAACAAAUACAGCGACAAAGACAGCAACAAAGACAACAACAACAACAACGACAACAACAGAGACAACAACAACAACACCAACAACUACUGCGACAGCAACAACAACAAAGGCAACAAAGAGAACAACAACAACAAGUACAGCAACAAAGACGACAACUAAAUACACAGCAACGACCUCAACCAAGACAUUAUCCAGGUCGAACUUUACAACGACAACCGGAACGAUAUACACGAUGGGCCGACUAUCUAGGUCAAUGGGGAUAUCAUCAAAAUCGACGACGACAACGACAAAACUACUAUGAUAAUGAAUUAUAUCCUUCAGAUUAUAUGGAAGAAUCAAUGGAUGAAAUGUACAACGAUCCACUUUUAGAAGCAUAUGUGUGGGAAACGAUGGAUCCAAAGGAACGAUGGGAACAAGAACAAAUCAAUGAAUUAGAAAAAAUUCAUGUCGUCGAUCCAUUUGAACAAUUAACAAUUAUGCAAGAUGAACUCGAACAACUUCAGCAGAUUGAUCAUAUUCAACGAUUAAAAGAACAAGAAGAACGAAUUCGAUUAGAGCAGUGGGAACAAGAUCAAUCAAUCGUCAUAAAAGAUCCUUCUAUUCUAACAUAUAUAUCACAACUGGAAGAUGAAAUUGAACAAUUAACACAAAUCAAUGCUCUUCAAACGAUCGAUCAUGAAAUGCCUGAACAACAAAACCAACAACAAAAUAUUUAA